CAUUUGUCGAAAUAGCAGUGCUGUCCAUGACAUAAAUCAGUUGUUUGUGAGGAAAAUUUCGAAACAACGUUUUUACUUGCAUACAAGAAACCAUGGUGAAACCGUCUAAAUUGUGUUGGGCCAAAUGGCGAUUAUGGACAACGUCGCUUCUCUUCUGCGUUACCACUGCUGAUGUUCGUUAUUCUUUGCCGGAGGAAACAAAGACAAAAUAUGUUAUUGGAAGUCUAAAUAAGGAUCUUAAUUUGGAUUCUAAUCGCUUGAGGUUUCGUAAAGCCCGUUUGGAUUAUCAAGGGGAGAGAAGGUACUGUGAUGUAGACCUAGAUUCUGGAAAUCUUUUUGUUUCGGAACGAAUCGACCGAGAGAUGCUAUGCGGUACAACCUCUCCCUGUCUCAUGCACUUUGAAUUUAUUCUUGAAAAUCCUUUAGAGCUUCAUAACGUUGUUUUGGAGGUCCAGGACAUCAAUGAUAACCCUCCUAGUUUCCCCAAAGAUUCAAUUAAACUUGAGAUAAGCGAAGCGGCACCGGUAGGAAGCAAAUUACAAAUAGCUCGCGCACGGGAUUUGGAUGUUGGAAUGAAUUCAGUUCAGACUUAUAUUCUCAGUCAAAACAAACAUUUUGUUCUUGAUACAAAAUCAAAUAAAGACAGGCAUGUGGACAUUGUUUUGAAAAACAGCCUGGAUAGAGAGACAAAAGAAGAGCAUUCCUUGAUUUUGUUAGCUGUCGAUGGGGGAAAUCCUGCAAAAUCUGGAACUGUUGUUAUUGAAGUGCGCGUGUUAGACAUAAAUGAUAAUGCACCAGUGUUUUCGCAGCCUUUGUACAAGACUCGUUUAUCUGAAAAUUCAGCACUCGGAACGUCUGUCAUCAAAAUUACUGCAACCGAUUUGGAUGAGGGUGCAAAUGGGCAAAUAACGUAUUAUAUCAAUCACCUAUCUGACAACACAAAAGAAUUGUUUAAAAUUGACGAAAAUUAUGGAGAAAUAUCUGUCACUGGACAGUUGGACCACGAGAAGGCCUCCUCGUUCGAGAUGGAAGUGCAGGCGGAGGAUGGUGGAGGUCAGACAGGCCACUGUAAAGUUGUUAUUGAAAUAGAUGAUGUCAAUGACAACGCGCCGGUUAUAUCUGUAAAGUCUCUAAAAAAACAAAUCCCAGAAAACAUCCCACCUGGUUCAGAGAUCGCAGUGAUAAACGUAAAGGACCAGGAUUCAGGUGAAAACAGCCUGGUUACUUGUUCCAUUUCGACGAGUCUGCCAUUUCAACUACAGCCGUACAUCAAGUCUUAUUUCAUUAUAACAACAACUAGUUCGCUUGAUCGAGAACAAUUCGAAAAUUAUAAUGUGACAAUAACAGCAAAGGACGGAGGUACACCCCCCUUAUUCUCCAAUAUAACUCUGAACAUACAAGUUUCAGACAUCAACGACAACUCCCCUACAUUUGAGUUACAUAAUUAUGUUUUUUAUAUAAGUGAAAAUACCAAACCAGGCACUUCUGUUUGUUCUGUCAGUGCAAAUGACCCAGACUGGAGACAGAACGGGACAGUACUGUACUCUCUGGUACCCAGUGAAGUCAAUGGGGUCCCAGUGUCCUCAUUUCUGUCUGUUAAUGGAGAUACAGGGGUGAUUCAUGCUGUAAGAUCAUUUGACUAUGAGCAGUUCAGAAACUUCAGUGUCAAAGUUGUUGCCAGAGACAAUGGUUCUCCUCCACUCAGCAGUAACGUGACUGUGAAAGUAUUCAUAACAGAUGAGAAUGAUAACUCUCCUCAGAUAUUAUACCCUGUUCCAGAUGGAAAGUCUUUAAUGACUGAAAUGGUCCCUAAAGCGACUCUCUCGGGCUCUCUGGUCUCCAAGGUGAUCGCUGUAGAUGCUGACUCUGGACAGAACGCAUGGCUGUCCUAUCAGAUCUUGAAAUCUACUGAUCCGGGACUUUUCUCCAUUGGUCUCCAUAGUGGAGAGAUCAAAACACAACGAGACAUUUCUGAGUCUGACAAUAUGAAGCAGAACCUUGUUAUUUCAGUGAAGGAUAACGGUCAGCCCUCUCUGUCUACAACCUGUGCUGUGAAUUUACUCAUUUCUGACAACCUUUCUGAGGUUCCUGAACUUAAAGAUAUGACUUAUGAGGACAACAACUCUAAAUUAACAUCAUACUUGAUCAUUGCAUUAGUUUCCGUGUGCACCUUCUUCCUGACGUUCAUCAUACUGAUGUUGGCAGUGAAGUUUUGUCACAGGAGAAAGCCCAGACUGUUGUUUGAUGGAGCAGUUGCUGUUCCCAGCGCCUAUCUGCCUCCCAACUAUGCAGAGGGGGAUGGAGCAGGAACUCUCCGCAGCUCUUACAACUAUGACGCGUAUCUAACCACAGGCUCGCGCACAAGUGACUUCAAGUUUGUGAGAUCGUAUAAUGAAAACACACUUCCUGCUGGUGGGACUCUAAAAAAGGAAGACAACAUUCAGUUUGGCUCCAGCAUGAUUACACUAGAUGUUACAGGAAUUGAAGAUGAGGUAAGAGAGGCUUCACUCCUCUGGACUCUCUUUUAA